UUUUUUUCUUUGUUCUAUUUUAUUUCGCUUUUUCUUUCCUACAUCGUUAUCAUUAGAAUUUCUAAACAAUAUGCCCAACAAGUGGACUACUGCUAUACCUGAAGCCCCUUCUCCAAACUACGUUAUUGUCAAGAACAUCGCUCUUCAAUCUACUGAAUCUACAGUGAAGGAGUUUUUCCUUUUCUGUGGUAAAAUCAAGGAAUUUGAAAUGAAGGUUGAUGAAGACGAUGAAAAGCACCAAAUUGCUUUAAUUCAUUUUGAACGUGAAUCUGCAGCCAAGACGGCUGCACUUUUAAGCAACGCUCUUAUUGAUGAUAGCCAUAUUGUUGCUGCACCUUACUUUGACGUCCCUGGCUCCUCUGAAAAGGAAGCUUCUUCUGCUGCUGCUGCUGCUGGUACAAAUGGUACCGAGGAACAUGAGAACCAAGAAAGCAAGCCCAAGACCAAGAUUCUCGCUGAAAUCUUAGCAAACGGUUACUUGCUUCAAGAUCAAGUGGUUGCCAAGGGCGUCGAAUACGAUAACAAGUACCACGUCUCUUCCCGCUGGAAUAAGCUGCUCAAUGCAGUUCAAACCAACGUUAAACAUUUUGAUGAAAAGUAUCGUAUCUGGGAUAAAGCCGUCAAUUUGGAUCAAAAGUAUAAAAUCACCGAGAAUGUCAAUAAGGUCACUCAGACAGCUCAAGAAAAGGCCACUCAAGCUCUUCAAACUGGUUUGCAAUCUACUCCAGGCCAAAAGGCUAAAGAUUUAGCGGAUAAGACUUUACAUCAGAUUGCUGCUGUUCAUUACGAAGCCAAGAGAAUACAAGUAAGUAAUGGAGUUGCAACUGCUUAAAGUGGGAGCAUCACAAGUGCACAAAAAGCAAUGAAUGAAAGUUGACCUUUGUGUGGAUCACUGAUGACUCUCUUUCUCUUCAUCAUUGUAGGGUGAAAAGAUGGGUGGUGCUACAGAUGACUCUGCAGGAGCUCCCUCCACUGGUACUCAAGAUGCUACUACUGUCAGUCGUGAAGCUACCGCUUCAACUGACGUAAAGGCAGAUGAUUCUACUACUAAUACCGAGACAAAGACAAAUGCUGGUGCUGCUACUGCUCCUCCACCUGCUGCCCAAUAAUAAAUCUGUAAUCAAUAGCAUUAUAAACUAAUGUGAUAAAUACGAUUUUUUAUACCAUGAUGUGGUAUAAUUUCAAAGCCCAAAAAAAAAAAAAAGAAAAA